CAGUUGUGUGUGUGUGUUGUUAGUGUCGGUUUGUGUUCCAGCCAGUGCAUAUUGUGUAGUGUGUGCGUGGACCGGUGCAGUGUGUAUGUAUGCACAACGACCGUUGGACCGUCGUGUAGUGUGCGCGUGCGUUGCCCGUUUUUUGAUUUUUCCGUGCAAGUGCCAACGUUUUUUUUUUUGGGGGUUUUUCAUCGUUUUUUUGAAACUCGAGUGUCGUUUUUUAACCCUACCGGAGCGUGUGCAGACUCCGUCGUACGGUUUUAUGUAUAUAUGCGGUUUAUAAACUAAGUGCCGACAAGUGCUCUACAUACAAGGAUUACAGCGCCGCUCAUUAAUUGUUCACGACCGAUAAUUGUUCUAGCCGGUCUUACAGGACAUAAUCUGUCACGAAAUGCCCGUGCACCAGGACGACGAGGACGAUUUCUGGCCGAACAUCUCAUCAGAUUUGGCGGCCAUAAGAAAGCUACUGGAAGAAGGCGAUGCCGACGAGACGUGCCCGAGCUGUGGCAUGCCGUUCGACAAAGGCAAAAAAAGAAAACUGAUAGAUUCUUGCGGCCACGAACGGUGUUAUUCGUGCAUGUUCCGGAACGAAGGAUGUCCGUUGUGCGUCAACGACGACGACAGCAAAGUGACUAAAAAGUUGUCAGUGGACGAACCAGCUUACGUGCAAACUACAAGAACCACAAGAUCAAGGGUCAAGACGAAUGGACAUUUUUCUCCUUACGUCCAGUCCAGACAAGGUUCCCAGGAGCUAAGUCAUUCGCCCAGCCGACUUCCUAUACCCAACAGAAUGUUGGAGACCAACGACGUGAUGACUCAAAGUUGUCCGACUCCCCCGCAGAGUAGGAGACGUUUUUUCCUCAAUCCCAAGACGAUAAAAAACCAAUGGUCUAUGCGCAGCGGAUCCCGGUCGCCUUCCGACAACGCGCUUUCCGCACGUUUAUACAAUUCAGUAAUGUCAGCGUCAACGUCGACGGUAACUGAUCAACGGAGAUGGUCUUCGGUGGUGUUGGGCAAGAUUAAAUCUUUGUGGUCGCUAAGAGAUGACGAAGGAGGCACCAUCAAGCCGAGGGGAUCGCUAAGCCAAAGGAGUUGUAAUUCGGAUACACUGUACACCAGGUUGGGAUUACUGUUGUCGAGGGACAACAACUCGAGGUCUUUUACCGAGGACGUUUCUUUGGAGAACAUCAAUAAUUCUAAGCCCGUUUCGAGCAAUGGAAGCCCCGUGUCUACGCUGACGGGCUCUUCGGAGACUGAUACACAUAAAGCGGCAAAAGAACAAUCUUCGGACAGCAUUGGAUCUCUCAUGUCCAUGUCCGGACAGAGUAACGGAUCUGCCAGUCCUCUGACCCGAAGGCAUUCCGUCACCACGUUACAAGCAGGCUCUGUAGAUGAUUUGAGUUCGUUUAAGUCGAGACGGCAGUCGACCAGGCGGUCUGCUAGGUCCGGAACUAUUAAAGGACCUAUAGAUCCCAAAGUGAGGUUCGCUCAGUAUAGAGUGUCUCCGCAACAGCAACAGCAGCAGCAACAACAACAACUGGUGCUGAAGCCUCUGUUUUUCGAGGUACCCCAACAAGAAUGUGACCCGAUAUUCUUGGGAAGAGAAUGGCUGGUUCAAGACAUCAACAACACGCUUCACUCGGAAUCGGCCGGUGUCGCAGUAACCGGACUUCCCGGCACGGGUAAAACGGCACUAGUCCUACAACUGGUCGAGCACAGCUGCUUCGGCCGUUCGAAAUCGAACCUCGAUGCCCCCACGGUGAACGGGAAAGACAGGCCGUUAACCGCGUCCCAGUGCGGAGGAGUAUCCGAGGACGUGAAGUCCCUGGCAUCACGAGUAGUCGCCUAUCACUUUUGUCAGGCCGACAACAACAGCACUUGUUUGAUACCGGAAUUCGUGCACUCGGUGGCGGCUCAACUGUGCCAGGCUCCUCAGCUGAACAUGUACAGGGAACACGUGCUCACCGAACUCAACUUGCAGGACUCUUUGUCGAUGCGCGAGUGCAUAGUGGAUCCGGACGCGGCGUUCACCAGAGGUAUUUUAGAACCUCUAAACACGUUAAGUAGGCUGACCAACACCAUAGGGGCCGACAGUUUGGUAAUCGUCAUCGAUGGACUGUGCGAAGCGGAAUACCAUCGACCCGACCACGGUGACACGAUCGCCUCGUUCCUGAUAAAACAUUUACCCAAAUUUCCGGCUUGGCUCAAAGUGAUCGCAACUUUAAGGACAAAUCUGGAGGACGCCUUGCCGCCGUUGCCUUUCACGAAAAUCAGCGUGGAUGUAAAUUCGUCGACCAGAGAAAACGUGAUCAAAGACUUAAUGGAAUACAUCGGCUAUCGGGUGACCAACAGCGCUUGUAUCCAGAACAAUUUAAUUUCUGGCACACCGGGACAGUACAAAUUUUGUCAGCAUUUGCAAGCCAGUUGCUUCGGAUCGUUUCUUUUUGCCAAACUAACGUUGGACCUAUUCGAAAGAGGGCAUCUCGUAGCCAAAUCCCAGAGCUUUAAAGUCUUGCCCGUUACGCUUGCCCAAAUAUAUCAACUACAUUUCAAUUUAAGGUUUCCCACUACUAGUUCUUUUGAGAAAGUCUCGGACAUUUUGAGCGUGUGCCUCGCUGCACUGUACCCCUUAACGAUUUUAGAAAUAUAUUAUUCGGUAAACGCAUUGCACGUCGACGAAUUCGUCUCGUGGGAAGCUUUCCUACAAAGAUUUAAAUUGCUAUCCGGUUUACUUGUGAAACGCUUGGACAAUACAUACAUGUUCUUCCAUCCUUCGUUCAGAGAAUGGCUGAUCAGACGCGACGACAGCGAGUCUAAGAAAUUUCUGUGCGAUUUGAGAAACGGACACGCCGGCAUUGCCCUGCGGUUUUCAAGACUCCAAGCGCCGCUAGACAGCGAAAAAACCUUAGAACUCGGCCACCAUAUAUUAAAAGCCCAUGUGUAUAAGAAUAUGUCACUACACGACACUUCGUCUAGAGAUCUCCAAGCCAACUGGAUGGCAUCGGUUUCGGACAGCGUUUCGUCGGCACUGUGUUCAAUGAGGAACAUUUAUGCGCCAAACGUUAAAGUUUCGAGGCUAUUGUUGCUCUCUGGAGCUUCACCGGACGUGAUAACUGAUUUAUUAGGACAAGCGCCCGCCUUAUGCGUCUACGCCCACGAAGGCGUUUACGAUAUGGUGGCAUUGUUGUUGGAAUUCGGCGCUGCAUUGAACGUAUCCAACAGCCAAGGCAGAACCCCUUUGUGGAUGGCUGCUAGCAGGGGUCAUAUAGACGUCGUUAAACUGUUGAUAGAAGCCGGCGCGUCACCUGGUCUAACGGAUUCUGCUAGGAGGUGUCCCUUGGUGGAAGCGGCCAAAAAUAGCCACUUCAACGUAGUAGCUUUCCUAUUGGGCUGCGAGUGGAAAGUGACGAAUCCAAGAGUAGAAAUCGACCAUAUCGAUGCCUCUCAGCAAGCCUUGGUUCAAGCGGCCGGCCAAGGAGUGGACGAAAUCGUCGAAUACUUGUUGGACGUUGCCGAAGUUGUAGUCGACGGGCAAGACAGUCUGUCAGGUGAAACCGCUUUAACUCUGGCCGCUUCUAAUGGACGCAGAUCGACGGUUUCCUUGUUGCUCAGCAGGGGAGCCCAAGUAGCAUCGCCGAACGUAAAGAGCAUGAACGCACUGGUGCUGGCAGCUCGGGACGGUCAAUGGGAAGUGGUGGAGACGUUAUUACUUAACGGAAUCUCAGCCGAUCUUGUAGAUUCGGAACAAAGAACACCACUAAUGAUGGCUGCAUCAGAAGACCAUUCUAGUAUCGUUGAACUUCUUCUCGACAACGGUGCUAACUUGAGUUCCCAAGACCGUCUAGGGCAAACCCCUUUGAGUUGGGCUUGUCUUAAAGGUAGAGUAGCCGUCGCUCAGUAUUUGUUGGAUCGCGGGGCACCGCUUGACCACGCAGAUAAGUCGGGGAAGACGGCCUUGGACUUGGCUACUCUAAACGGAAAUCCGGCACUAGUACAGCUUUUAUUGGAGAGGGGAGCGUUAAUAGAACACGCUGAUUUAUACGGAAUGCGACCUUUGGACAGAGCAAUCAGCUGCAGGAACAUCCCGGUGGUACAAAACUUUUUGAGGAGAGGUGCCAAGCUAGGCCCGACAACGUGGAACAUGGCUUCGGGAAAACCGGAUAUAAUGUUAGUUCUGUUAAACAAAUUGCUGGAAGACGGCAACACGUUGUACAGGAAAGGCAGACUGAAAGAAGCUGCGUACAGAUACACUUACGCUCUGAACAAGUUCCCUGCGGAUAACGAACUAGACUCGACGUUCAAGCAGCUCCAGAUUAACUUCUAUCUGAACACGUCCCGAUGCAAGAGAAAGCUGGGCGAAGUUACCGAGGCGGUAGAGUUUGCGGAAAAAGUAAUGCAAUUAAGACCCACGUCGUACGAAGCGUACUACGCCAAGGCAAAAGCUCUGAAAGACUUGAGGAGAUUCGAAGACGCUCUGGCCGACAUACAAGAAGCCAUACGGCUGGUUCCGCCCGGCAACUCCGACAUAAGACACGUUUUGUUCAGACUUAAAGACGACAUCGCCAACAGGUUGGCCCUAGACCAGGCUGCUUACAACAGGGAAAUGGCCGGCCCGUCGUACCUUUGAAUGUUCCUAACGACAUAGACAAUUCGAUACCUAGUUUUAUAUAUCAAACGAUCAACUGUUAAGAAGUGUUUUGCAUCUUACUAACGGUGGAGACUAACGUUGAUUGACUCAGAAAUAGAUUUAUUGUUGACAUUUUCAUACUUUAACAACGGCAACGAAAAACUCCACUGUAAUUAAUUUAUUAAUAUAUUAUAUUAUUUAUUGACGUAGUUCAAUGUUCCUGUUUUUUUUUUGUUGUUUAACUAAUUUUAUAAUGUGAUGUUUAAAAUAUAUUCAAAUUGACAAAAUAUUAUUGUCUUUUUAUAGACAAAAGAUAUUAUUAUAUUUUGUUUUCUCUACUAAUUCUAUGAACUGUAAUUCACGUGCAAUCAUGUUACUAAUUUGUAUUGAUUUACCUAGCUCGUUUUUUUUUAUUUGUCGGUUGAAUAAAAUAUU